UCUCAACCCUCACUCAGAAAAGUUUGCUCUCACAGUUUUCUGGACCUGCGGCUUCUUCAGUCUUGAACUGUGACCCAGUUGCCUUAACUGAUUUACAGUAUUACCUACAUUGUCUAUUUUCAUACUGACCUUCUGUACAAUUGCAUAAUUUAUAAACAUACUUAUCCAAUUGUAAACCAUAUCAAGCUAACACGUGAUGGCAACCAGCCGCAAAACACAAAGUGCACCGUAACUUAACCUUGAGUAAAUCUGGUACCAAUGUAAUGAGUAAUUAUCAGUUUACAUAAGAGUGAGGCUGUUAUUUGACCCCACAGGUGGUAGAUAAGAGUUAUUUUUUGUUUGUCAUUAGAUAUUUGAAAUAAUCUAACUCCCUCGCUGUCCAUUAGCCACGGCUGUACUCCCUUAGCAACACUGACCCUGCCCAACCUCUCCAGGCGACCUACACAAGAAAGGUGGAUUAGUACAGUAUCUCUUACUCUCUUCUCACAUUGUCACUCUUUACUUUCUGAGGUGUUAAGUGAGGUGUCAACUCCUGUAGCAUCAAGUAAAGAUGGAACUCCACACUGUAAAUAAUGAGAUGCUGGUCAACCCUCGCAGUGAGUACAGGGUCACACGACGCUACCAUGGCAAAAUUAAGGCCGCCAUCUUUGACUGGGCAGGAACAGUGAUUGAUUGUGGUGUGUUCUCUGCUGCUGAGACCUUUAUUGAACUGUUUAUAGAGGAGGGUGUGAAUGUGACUAAUGAGGAGGCCAGGGGACCCAUGGGUAUGCACAAGCGAGCCCACAUAUGCAAGAUGUUGGAGGUGGAGAGAGUGCGAGCACGGUGGUUGAAGGCCAAGGAUGGCCCUCCUACCUCAGCUGAUGUUGACCGCAUGUAUGCGAAGUUUGUUCCCAAAAAUAUAGCAGCAUUGCAAAAGCACUCCAUGUUGAUUGAUGGUACAGUGGAAGCUGUAGAUAAGCUACGGGGGAUGGGUAUCAAAAUAGGGUCGUGCACAGGCUACCCCUCAACCAUUGUGGAAAAGCUUAAACCCUUUGCUGCUAAACAGGGCUAUGUCCCUGAUGCUAUUGUUGCUGCUGAUGAGGUGCCACAAGCCAGACCUAUGCCCUACAUGGUAUGGUUGAAUGCAAUCCGCAUGGACGUGAGCCCUAUUGAGGCGAUAGUGAAGGUGGAUGAUACUGUGGAUGGUAUUAAGGAGGGUCUGACUGCUGGCUGUUGGACCAUAGCUGUUGCAAAGACGGGGAAUUACAUGGCAGCAUCACAGCAUGAGCUGAACAUAAUGCCACACGAGGAGCUGGAGAGAAAGCUGACAAGGUCUUACGAGAUCCUCCAUGAUGCUGGCAGCCACUAUGUAGUCGAUUCCAUCAAAGAUGUGCCUGCUGUUGUGAGGGAUAUUAACAGGCGGCUGGCUGCUGGAGAGAGGCCUUGAACCAUUCCAAUGGUGUUGAAAGACAAGAAGUGGGGAGAGUAGCAGUUUGUGAGGUAAAGAGAAGGAAUAUAAACUAAACAUGGUCAGGGAGAUAUGAAGGACACCUUUAAAUAAAUAAUAUUCUCUCUACUGAGUGAUAUUAACUUCUUUAUUGUAUGAUUCUUUAGCUAAAAUACCAUAUAACCUCAGAAAGAGAAACAGAAAUCCACCCCUUUUGGGAAAAAAAUCAUUGCAGAAAAAAACUUGGCAUUGCCAGUUCACAACCAAAUUUCAAAUUAAAAAAUAUUUUAUUGUCAUGAAAAUGGCAGGCACAUUGUUUGAAAACAACAGAUACAUUAUUUACAUUCCAAUAUCAUUAACUGUACUCAUAUUACACUAAUCAAGUAUUUCAUGACAAUAAGGACAAUGAGAUAUUACCUGGUACUGGUACAGUAUAUGUGUCCUCAUCUCAUAUUUGGUAACAAAAUUAAGUACUGUAUGCUUGGAUAUGUGAGAAAAUUUUACCAAGAUUACCUGUAUAGUCAGCCUAAGGUAUUCACAGUCAUCAUAAUAAAAAAGACUUGCAAUCACUUAAUACAUACAGUAUACCUUUACUCUUCUUUUGUAUGUACAGAAAUUAAUGAACAUUCGUUUUGUAUUUUUCCUGAUAAACAAUUCUAUAUUUGUACUUUUUUAUCUGUGAAAGUUUUAUACACCAUACUUGUCCUACAGCUCUGUAUACUCUAUAUAAGUGACUUGUUUUUCUUGUGGAAUAUAAUUGAAUUUUCUAAUUUGUUUUGAAAAUAUUAUUGAAGACUGUCAGUACAAUGUCCUUGAUAAAUAUAAAUGUUAUUUCACGCCAUACAGUAUAGACCAGGGGUGUCAAACUCAUGGUCUGCGGGCCAAAUGUGGCCCUUGGGAUGGUCAGGUGUGGCCCGCGGCAACGCGGCAUGACAGUAAAAUUCAUCAUCCCGUGAAAUUAUGAAAGAAAUAGAUAUAAUCAUGUUUAUUUAGUAAAAUGAAUUUUACAUACUUAAGAUAGGACAAACCCAAAUGAGGUAUUCCUGGUAAGCCAGGUAAGGCAAUGUGUGAAACUGUAAACUUCAAUCCUGCAAAUAUGUGAUAUAGCACUUGUGUUGGGCCUGAAGAGGGUAACUAAAAUAAGAAUUGGCCCUUGAAAGGUUUUGAGUUUGACACCACUGGUGUAAGACUUAGAUUUUUGGUGGUUUUGUGCCAAAAAUUAAAUUUUCCUGAAAAUCACAGUAUAGGUACAACUGAGCUUGCUGAUGAAUAUGUGGGAAAUGAUUCGAUUGCAGAGUAAUUAGUGGCCAAAAUGACCCUUGAAAGAUUUUACUGACAUUUUCACUGCUAAUUACUCAUCAACUAUGGGUUUCCAAGGUGUGAUUUAGGGUAUAUAAAUGAACAAAAUAUACUGUACUGUACUGUACUCACCAGCAGAUGGUGUUGUUUUGUGCUUGUGAUGCAGGCAGGCCAAAUGGUGGUAUAAUGAUACAGGAUGGCCUGCCUUUGUCCUGUAUCAUUUACUGUAGCUGCUGUUGCUAAUUGUCGAUCCUCUCCCUCCAUGAAGGGAUUGUACAUGCACUGUAUAGUAUACUGUACAGUACAUACACCUCUACACACUAGCCUAAAGUAGGCUUACAGUACUCACUGCUGAUUGUACAGUACACUACAGUGUAUAUGUAACUGUAAUCACUUUUUUAUGUCUUAACACUGCUUUAAUACUAUUAUUGACUGAUUGUGUCCUGGUACAGUAAUAUACACUGUACAUACUGUACAGUACUGCACAACACAGAUUGUAUGCAAAAACAGCAGCUAACAAGGGAACAACCUUGUACAAUAUCAACAGAAUAUGAACUAAGCAUACAAGUUACCCAAGCAGCUAACCCACCUAUGCUCGGAAUGUAGAGUUUUCCCGGAAGUUUUCCACCUAUUGGAGAGUUCUGGGGAAUCAGGAUUCUGCCUUACGGGAGGAUUACUAUAUAUACAAAGGUAAUACUGGCAUACAUUCCCCUGGCUGAGAUAGGUAAAUGAACAAAAUCUGUUGGCUACUAAAAAUAGACCUGGUACAUAAAAUAUAAUAUUCUUAGGAGGUUCCGCUGUAACAAUUUGCAUGAUAUGACACUCUUCUUGUUCGUAUAACUGUUCCAGCUUAUGAAGGCGCUGCAUUUCACACAUGACUGUUAUAUCAGUGAAGUUGUCUUUUUAAUAAUCAGUAAGAACUUGUCUUUGAACUUGGAUGUGUUUGAUAAUUUCAUGAAAUACCUGUUUUAGUGUUUUCAUUGGUUAUUGAUUUUCUAUUGGGGAGAGAAAAUGGUUUGAUUUACUUUACAUUAUCUUCAAAUCAUGUACAGUAUAUUGUAUACAGUAUAUUAAUUAUAUUUCAGGAGUUUUAAUAUUAUUCUAAAAUUGGAUGACCAGUUGAACUUAACUUUGUAACAAUUAUUGUUGUUUACUGAAAUACAAUUAUCAGUAAUAUACUACCUACUGUUCUGUACUACUCUUUACAUUGUACAGUGUACUGUAUCUUGCAUUUUAUAUCAUGUGAAACAAAAUAAGGAUUUUCUAUAUUACUUAAGAAACCUGAUAUAAUUUUUGUUUCAGAUAUUUCAAACCCUUCAGUAAUGGGUAUUUGUUAUGAUUUCUUGUCUUCAUUCCUGAGAAGUACUGCACACCAACACUUCAAAUUCAAAUGGUUAUGUCUGUGAUAAUAAUACAAUUCUCCGGAGCUGGUAAGUAUUCCUGCAAGGGGACGACACAGCCCCUUUUGCAGUACUGUAUCUUACAGCUGAAAAGAUAAAAAUAAAAAGUACUGUAUACUG